AUGGCCUCUCCAUUAGAGCCAAAUCAAGCUUGGGAUCAAACCUUUCGAGUCUCGGACCUUAAUUUUACCACACCUUUGGACAGCACGCCGUUACCCCAGUUCAGCAAUGAGGGAGUGGCCGCUCACCGUAAUCUAUCGCAGAAAUACCGGCUGAUACUUGAGCAAAAAGACGCAUUAUCGAUCUAUCUCAGCGCACCCUCCAGAGGUGGUUAUCUCGAGGGUGGGUUCAGCAAGAUGUUUAGCACUCGGAAGCCGUCUUUGAUCUCCUCACCUGCUCGCAUAUCGCCACCAGGAUGGACUGACGUCCUCCGGAAUGUUGACCCAGCACAAUUACAGCCGGACCUAUGUGGCAGCCAGCGCUGCCAUGUUCGAGGAGCAGUGAUUGACUUGCCGAGUUCAGACAGCAGUAUUAUCCGGACUGGUCUCCUUCAGAAGCUACUCGAUCCCUGGCCGCAUCCAAGAGAUCUCCAGUUAGAGAUGCUCCCCAGAGCUAAAUUCACUGUAACAGCACUCCAAGAAGAUGUUGCUCUCUCGCGUAUCCUGCAGAGCCGGCUAAACCUACUCCUUGGGCAUGCGGCGCAGAACUCCUCUCCAAAGCCUAGCAGACCCCGCAACUCCGUUGCUUCUGUUGCUGCCAGCGAGGCAGGAAACUUGAUGAAGCCAGACGAACAGAAUGGGGAUGUCACAUCGAACGUUCCAGUCAAUAUGCAGGAUUCUUGUCCAGAAGUGGCCAACGGCACAGAUCAAUCCUCCGAAGCCAGCAAUUAUGAGUGUCGUGGGGACGAAGACUACCAGGUCAGUGAGGGAUCUUCGGAGGGAAGCGAAACCGGGUCAAGCAUAGAUCGCUCUCCUCGGCCCUCACCGACCAACAGGUUUCGCCGUUGGUCACCAGAGGAGUCGUCUCGGCUACUGCCUUUCUUGGACGCUCAUAAACAUCUAAGCGGUCCCGAGAUCGAGCAAGCGUAUUUUCGCUAUGCUGGUAUCUACUGGAAAGAACUCGCCCUUAAGGCUAAGGCGCGGCGUAUUCAGCAUGGCUGGCUGCACGGGGCUCGGAAGACUCGGAGACGCCGUGAGACAAACCAACUCGUCAUGUCCCAAGUCCCCCGGCAUUCAUAUAUCCCUCCACAGGUGGCAGGAGCAAUGUCCGAGACGGAGCGCGUUUAUCCAGACUCACUGGGAAGAGCCGUGCGGAGCGACAAGCAAGGUGACCGGAGUCAAGCCGCUUUUACACCGGGCGAUACGGCCACCUGUGACACUUCUAUGUUGUCGUCGAUGAUUGUCGACCAGCCAACGUUGGAGGCGCAGUAUUUAAGUGGUGAGAAACUGCCAACACUCGGACAUUUACUAGCUUAG